AUGUCAUCCAAACCCAAAUAUUCCAAAACACAAUCGUUUGAUGAAACAAUUAGCACUAUACUACCUUCGUAUUCCAUGUACACGUCCACGGUGGGGAUGAAUGUCAAUGUACCAGAAGAUAACAACGAUGACUUACCACCACCAGGCUAUAGUUGUAGCAAUUCCGAAUUAUCAGCAAGUACCGAAAGCACAACUGUCCACGAUCACGAUCAUGAUGUAAGCUCGUCAGCUGCGUCAACGACCCCUACUUCAGUUACUGAAGCACAAAGUCGACGCGUUGCUCAAGUCAAUUCAUCGUCAACCAUCGAUGACAUUCCAUUAAUCGUUGCUGAUGAAAAUGCCAACUUGAUGGAAACAAUCUUGGAUAAUGUUCAUCGAUUGCCCAAUAUGACGUUUGAAAAACAAGAUAUAUCGAAAGCUGUACAGAUUGAAGUUUUCUAUACAAAGGAUAUUGGUGAAAUUGGUAAGGCUCCGGAAUUAAUUGAUCCUUCAAUUUAUGAAUAUACCCAGGGAGAUUUAUUAAACGGAUAUAUUAUUAUUAAAAACACAUCUGACAGACCCAUUCCAUUUGAAAUGUUUUACUUGUUAUUUGAGGGAAACUUUAUGGUUGCCAAUGAACAAAGACCACAGGAAUUGGAACCAGUCAAGAUUCGUCGGUUUUUGGAAAUGUUUGAUUUUUAUGGAAGUUGGAAUGAAGCUCAUAUCAAUCGAUUGGUUACUGAAACUGCUAGUCCAUACCUUUGUGAAUACGGCAACACUGUUGAUCCACUUGAUGGAACUUACUUGUAUUUUGGCCCCAAGAAGGAAGUCUUGCCCCAUAGAGUAUACAAGCGGUUUUUCUCAUUCAAGAUUCCCAACAAUUUACUUGAUUCGGAAUGUAGUGAACACAACUUGUCCAAACACGUUGAAAUACCACCAACCAUUGGAUUAUCUCGAUGGGAAGUUGCUCACUAUCCAGAAAGAAACUUGAACAAGAUUAAGGACUUUUCGAUAUUGAAUACGUCAAUGGGAUAUGGAGUUAUGGCGAGAUUUAUUGGUAGAAAAUCGACAUGGGAAGUUGAUUUCGGGAAAAUUAUUACCCCCAAGCACAAGGACCAUGCCAAGUUGGUGAAUUCAAAGGGAGAUGAAUACAUUAUUUUGAAAGAAUUGACCAAUUACAUCCGAGUUGUGCCCACGACAAAUGUUCCCACUGAAAAUGAACGGUUGAUGAAGUUGGUUGAAAAUCGAUUAUUGUUUGACAACUUAGUCAAGCGGGUUAAGGAUAAAAUUGAUAUUGGUAAACAAUUGGAAAAAUCAUUGGAGUCAAGGCCAAUUCCCGAAUUAUCACCUGACCUUACCCAAGAGGAGAUUGAGGCGGCAAAGAUGACGCAAUCGUAUCAACACGCCGACUCAAUUAGAGACAUCAAGUCAAAUAUGAAGAAAUUGGAGUAUUAUCAAGUCGUCGUUCAAUUGGUGAAAAGAUCAAUCACUGGGCAGAAAUAUCCAGGUGUGUUGCAAGUCAAGACCCCCAAACAAGAGUACCACGUAAAAUAUAUCCCUCCAUCAAGAUUUAGAGAGGAUUCAAUAACAGAUUUAGAAAAAUCGUGGAAGCUUAAUGUGCCAAUUGAAUUAACGACAAUUUUCCCCACCAACAAUGACAACAAACUGCAAACACCACCAACUAUUAAAAACGUCGAUGUUGAAUUGGUUGUUCACACCAUGAGGUCAAUGGGUGCUCCAAUUGCCCUUGAGUUCAAUCAUGAUUUAAUCUACAACAAAUAUCCCAAUAAUAGUAAACGUGAAGUUGAUCUAGACACUUUUCACAAUAAUAUUGUUCGACCAUUUCAAAAGCAAUCAACAGAAUUAUAUCAUUUAACCCAAAGACUCGGUUUACGAAACUUUCGAAUUGAAAAACAAUUGGUGGAUGAUUUGAAAUCAAUUUGCAAAAUUGAAGAGAAACUGAACAACUUGGUUGUGGAGGAUGUUUUAGUAAAUGAUGUAAAAUACAACUACAAAAAGAAUGGUGUACAAUGGUGUAACAAUGGUGAUGGAUCAGCUACAAGUUCAUUCAAUUUGCGUAUCAACCUUGCUUCAUUGUCGUUGAAGGGUGUACCUGCUAGUGGUUGUUUGGGACUCUCUUAUGACCGAUUCAACUUGGUUCCUGAUUUCCAGUCGUGUUUUAUGACCAGAUCAUAUCAUUUGAAAAUGACGUUUGAGUUGGGUAAUGGUGAUUGUGCUCGUAUUAAGGUGCCGGUUAUUAUAGAAAAGUCGUAA